AUGAUAGCCCAAGUCGAAGAUUUUCAUUUUCUUACUUUUUAUCAGAGGCACUUACCUUUUCCCCUCCUUCUCUUUUUCUUGUGCUGGAUUUGCCGGCCACACGGUCUACAUGUUCUGCUUUUUUCUUGGCGCUGA